AUGAAACCUUAACCACAGAUUAAAUUCAACGCCAUGAGUGUUUAUAAUAAUAAAAAGAGUAGAUUCCUUUUCACACUAUUAAAUUCAUCUCAAAAGGACUGUAUUGUAUGCCAAAAUGGAAGUUUACAGAGUCUUUAGCAUCCAGUUAUUACAGCUACGCUCUCUAAGAAAUAUAUGACAAGCCGAGAAUACUAUGAUGCCAAAAUAGUAAAUGACAUCAUUUACAAUGAGCCAACUAGACUUGUAAGUAUCUUCAAAGAUUAUCUGAUAUACGAUGAUGUGAGUGAAUUUCUCAAAAGGUCCUAUACAUUCGCUGAAGCAAAGGUUAGACUUCCCAAAAUUUAUGAAUUUUAUGAAAAGUAUUCUAAGGUCUUCCCCAAUUAUGUGAUCUUACCAGAAAAUAAAUACAUGUUUAAGAAUAUUGAGAGAAAGCAGAGACUUAUUGAUGAUAAGCAGAAGAUAAUCAUGGAUAAGUAAUAGAAAUCUAAAGAAAAAAAGAAGAGCAAUAUCAAUAAUUAGCUAGUGAAAAAAAAUGACUCAUUCAAGAAAAAUCAACUAUUCAACACUAAAUUCAUAGAAAGCGUACUAAAUAAUCAUAAUCCCUCUGUUAUGGAUGUCCUAGAUCCAAAUGAUCUGCAGAACUCAAGAUCACUCAUUAAUGAAUACAAAAAUCUAACUAAAAAUUAGGCCUUUUAAAAUAAGCCUCUACAUGUCAAAAAUAUUGGAGAAGUAUAGUUAGAUAGAUUGGUCCAGUAAUUCAUAAGCAAGGAUUCAGAAAUUUAAAAUACAAUGCUCAAUGAAUCUUUCAUAACAGUGAAUUUCUCACAUUUUUAAAAGGAGAUAGAAUUGAAUAACUAGAAUUAGGCUAACCUGUAAGAUAUUAACCUAGAUUAGAUUCUAGCCUAAACAUCUUAAGAUUAGGAGAAAAAGUAACAAUAAUAAACUAAGACUAACCAGUAAUUAGUUUAAUAGAAACAUAUCAUUAAUAAUCAGAAUCAUCAAUUGACUUUAUAAGCUAAACUUAAUUAAAAGUACAGAAUGAUGAAUGCAAAAACGACAUAAGAACUAAUUAACAAAAUUUAAAAAAGCAAGGAGCAAGUUUAGACUAAAUCACCUCAUAGUAUAAACAAGAAGAUAGACUCUGAUAAUCCUCUAAUAGUCAAAACAUAGGAGAUAAUUUAGACUUAUGGAUAGCAGAAAACAUUUGAAAGAGCCCCUUCAAAGCAAGAUAUAUUAACAUAGGGUCUCAUGACUAACCGAAUAAUUGAUAAAUAGCCAUUUGAUUAUAUUGGAAUAGUCACAAACAUGAACUAAUAACAGAAAAAUAAGAAUGUAGAGAAUGUGCCAGUCUAUUCGAAUAUAGUCGGCUAAUAGUAAAAACCUGCAAAUAAUCUAAUUGGAAGUGACAAUAGACUUUUCUCUCCAGUCUAUGCUUCGUAAAACACGGCUAAAACUAAUGAAGUAACAACACCCAGAUCUUUUCUCAAGUAGAAGAUCUCUUUAAUUCAAGAUCAAAAGUUGAUUUAAUCUUAAGCACCAUAAUCACAUAGGGUACACCAAUCAGAAGGCUUGACUUCUAACAUCUAGCUAAUUGGCAGCAGUUCUCACAGAGGGUUGCCCCAAAAUAAUUUAGGUUUGAAUACCUUAGGAGAAAACAUUUUUAAUUUAAAACAAGCCUAGUCAACUCGAGAAAUGAAUAAAAAUACAAAAUAAGCUCACUAAAAUGCUGUUAAGACCACUAAUAAGCGAUCAAGUUCUACAAAUUAGCAUUAUCCCUAGCAAAUUUAAUCAUCAUAAUCGUAAUAACAGCUUAUUCUUCCUUAUGCCUAAUAGUAGUAGGCUACAUUCUUAAAGCAAAACAUUUUAAAUAGAGAAAAAAGCCAGUCAAAUGUAAAUGAACUCAUAGACUAGCAACGUUUGCUUAACUAGCAAUUAUAUUAUGCUAGCAAUUUCAAAAGCUCUGCAAAUGAAAACAUAUACUCUAAUACCAAUGCUAAUACCCUAACAUAGCCCUUAAUUUUCCAAUAAAGUGGCAAUUUUACUAGUAGAGUUGCAGCUUAAGGAGGAAAUCAGAAGAUUCAGCAGUUUAACUAUUAAUAAUUUUACCCAGAGUAUAACCCUGAUAAUAAUGCAGGCAAAAAGAAAUAUGAGGGUAAAAGCUCAGAUAGAUAGCAGUAGUAUUACUCUGGUAGAAAUGAGAACCUUGGCUCACUCUCUAAUAACCUAAACUAAUUACUAAGUCCUUCAUAAAAAUCACUAACUUAGUCUAAGCAACUAUUAGCAUAACAGCAGCAGGCAGCAUAGCAAAUAAACUCUGCUAGAGGUAUACCGAUACAUAUAUAGAAAAAUAUAAUCAUCAAGAAAUAAAAGUGA